UCCGUUUAGCGGAAGUGACGUUUCUGUGCGGCACACUCUGUUCCAGAGAUUUCGCUCCUGAGUGAAAACUGAACAACUUCGUGACCGCAACAGUUCCAUCAGACAAAACAGGGAUUUUGUUAUCAUAUACAGAAAAGAGGAACUGAGUUAUUUAUCUGAGGCACAACCAUGGUUUGCAUUCCCUGCAUUGUGAUUCCCGUCCUGUUGUGGGUCUACAAGAGGUUCCUGGAACCCAUCCUCUACCCGUUCAUUUCCCCCAUCAUCAACUCGUUCUGGGGCAGCAAAGCAGUCCAGAAUACGACCACGGGUGAUCAGCAAGCCAGUAAAGAAACUAAUGGAACUUGCAAGACUGAAAGCAACAAAGAGACGACUUCAAAUGGAUCUGCUAUAGCAGCAGAUAAGAAGACAGAUUGAUAGCUUAAAAUGUUUGUUAUAUGGAAGAAAAUGUAUAUAUUCCUCUAAUGUAAAAUGGAGAUGCUAUGAAUUAACUUAUCAUUUGUGUCCAAAUUGACUUUUUAAAAAUGUAUUUCCAAAUGUUUGCACAUUCUGUUUGUUUUAUUUUUUGAUCAUUUUUUCUUUAGGGACUUUAACUUAAGUCAAUAAAUUCUGAAAAUUGAA